AUGGAGGCCGACUGGAAUGAGGCCACCCGGAUAGGACUGUCGAGCCCGGUUCACAAUGCUCCGCCAUCUCACCUCAGCGCGUUUGCUUUCGACCCAUUGCAGGAAUUGUUGUGGGCUGGAAACGAGCAUGGCAAAGUGACGUCUUACUACGGCACGGAGUUGCAAAAGUACACAUCGUAUCGAGGACAUGUCAGCAGUGCUCCUCGAGGCGCUCCAGGAAAUGCUCCGAUUAAACAAUUUCUCUUCUGCGACAAGGGUGUGAUCACAGUUUCUUCGAAAAGCAUCCACAUGUCCUCGCGCCGAGGACUUGCACAAUGGCACAUUUCGCAUGCUGGUAUGACCGACCUGCGAUGCAUGAGCUUCACCAGUCGAGACGCCGACGAGCUCGUGGUUGCUGGAUGUCAGUCGCAGAUGUACCGCAUCGAUGUUGAGAAGGGUAUUGUCACCGAGACGAUCACGCCUACGAACCCAAUCCCUUACACCUUGAUGAAAUAUGCCAGUCAACACAUAUGCGCCGCAUCUCACGAUGGGUCUAUUCAUCUUCUGGACCCGAAGACAUUGUCAUCCGUCCACAGUUGGAAGGCAUAUGCUGGCACUGUCAACGAUAUGGACGCGAGAGGGGAUUACCUUUUGACUUGUGGAUGGGCGCAGAUGCAGUAUCAAGGUCUUGCAUUGGAGAGAUUGGUGCGAGUCUUUGACUUGAAAGCUCAAAAGCCGGCUCCUCCAGUUCCAUUUCAGUCCGGUGCGGCGUACGUUCGGCUGCAUCCAAAGCUGACCUCGACAUGCAUCGUUGUAUCGCAAUCUGGACUUAUACAUUCAAUCGACAUACAAAACCCAGACAUGCCCUCAAUGCGAUACGUCAACUCCUUCGAUGUCCAGUUCGCGGGUCUGGAACUCAUGCCUUCUGGAAAGGGAUUUGCUUUGGCGGACAGCAAUUCUGAUUUGGUUCUGUGGGGAUCGCCAUCGAAGCUGCAGUUCACCGAGUACAGCAGACCGACAGAGUUUGCAGAUGCGAGCGGAACAUCGAAACAUCUAGAUUGGUCUAACGACGUGCCUCUCAACAUGAUCGGGAUGCCGUAUUACAGAGAGACCCUGCUUUCUGGUUGGCCAAACAGUCUGCUUCACCAGGUCGGCAUGCCCGCUGCCCGACCAGAUCCGCUCGAGAGCACCUUUCGCACGUUCGACUAUGGUAGAGUUGGGCCAAAUCCGAGGAAGACCCGUCGUAACGAGGCCGCCAACCCAAGAGCCCAACAAAAGCUCGCAGAUCCUCUCGCAGCACCCAAAUUCCUUAGCGAAAAGCCUCGCCCUGAAGAUGCGGCUGAUAAACCUGAUCGACGAAUGAGCGAAGACAUCCUCAAGGCACUGGACAACCUCAAGCUAGACGGUGCAGCUGCUUCGGACGUCAAGUUUCUCUACCGGAUCGUCGAAAUCAAAUACAGCAAAUUCGGAGUGGAAGAUUUUGACUUCCGAUACUACAACAAGACGAAGUAUGCCGGACUGGAGACUCACAUUGUCAACUCCUAUGCGAAUUCGUUGCUACAAAUCUUCCGAUUUACAGCCGUGGCGAGAAAUCUAUCCCUUCAGCAUACUGCGAAAGACUGCAGGCUGGAGAACUGCCUCUUUUGCGAGCUCGGAUUCCUCAUUGACAUGCUGGAGAAAGCAAGAGGGCCGAAUUGCCAAGCGACCAACUUUCUCCGAACACUCAGCAGACAGCCCGAUGCUGCCGCACAAAACGUGCUCGAAGAGGUCUCCACAAACACCCCACUCACCACGAUGAUGCAGAAUUUGAAUCGCUUUCUGAUGCAGCGCAUGGAGGACAACUUCAAAUGGGUCGCGCCAUCUCUAGAUCACUUCCAUCUUGCGUUCGGCACCAUCGGGCUGGACUUCACCCAAUGCGCACACUGCAGCUACGAAAGCCGCAUGGAUAAGGUGUGGUAUAGUCACGAUUUAUAUUACCCACCCAAGCCGAAGCAUCGCAACAUCCGCCAGUACUUCUCACAGAUAUUGAAAGGGUCGAUUGAAAGGCACAGUCAGCACAGGGGAUGGUGUCUACGCUGCAAUGGCUAUAAAGGCAUGGUGUCGCAUCGAGCAAUCCACUGCCUUCCCGCAGUCUUGAUGUUAAACGCCGCCAUAACAACACCGGACUCACGCCAGCUUUGGGGAACUCCAGGCUUCCUCCCCAGAGAAAUCGGCGUCAUCGUCAACAACGGACGCUUCUUCUGCUACGAAGGACAAGACCUGCAACUCCACCUCCAACGGGGCCAAUUUAACAUCACCGUCUACGAACUCGUCGGCAUCGUAGUCGACGUCAAAACCAGCGACAACGAAAAAUCCCACCUCGUCGCCACCAUCGACGUCGGCCUAGCCGACCCGGACCCCACCCAAAAGUCCAACUGGCAUCUCUUCAACGACUUCCUCGUCUCCAAACUCCCUCCAGACGAAGCCCUCCACUUCAACCCUCAAUGGAAACUCCCUUCCGUCAUAACCUACCAAGCCAAAACCCACUCCCACUCCCUCGACUCCACCUGGAAGUCCUCCAUCGACCCCGCAGUCCUCUACCGCAGCCCGACCCAACCCGCCCUCUCCUGCCGCCCUCUCACCCCUUCCACCCCGCUCACCGACCCCUCCACAACCCACGUCGCCAUCGACGCCGAGUUCGUCCGUCUCCUCCGCGAAGAAAUCGAUGUCGACGCUACGGGUUCCCGCCGCAUGACGCGACCUGCCCGCAGCGCUCUCGCUCGCGUCUCCGUUCUGAGGGGUGCAGGCGAGGAUGCAGAACUCCCCUUCAUCGACGACUAUAUCUCCAUCGAGGACCCGAUCGACGACUACCUCACCCGCUACUCGGGCUUGCACGCGGGUGAUCUCACGCCCGGACAAUCCCGCUUCGAACUCGUCUGUCUGAAAGAAGUCUACAAAAAACUCUGGGUGCUGCUCAACCUCGGGGCGGUAUUCAUCGGACACGGCUUAUCCUCCGACUUCCGCAUCAUCAACAUCCACGUCCCCGAAGCGCAAGUCAUCGACACACAAGACCUCUUCUCCCUCGGCUCGCGCGGUCGCCGUAAACUCUCCCUUCGAUUCCUCGCCUGGACGGUGUUGGGGGAGGAUAUCCAGCAGAGUGAAGAAAAGGGACACGACAGUAUUGAAGACGCGAGGACGGCGCUGAAAUUGUGGAGGAAGUAUGAGGAGUUUUUGGAGGCGGGGGUGUUGGAGAGGAUUAUGGAUGAGAUUUGGUUGAAGGGUCGGGCGACGGAUUUUAAGGUGCCGGUUAAGAUGGUUGGAGAGGGAGGGACGCCGAUGUCGAGUGCGCCGGGGACUCCGGCUAGGGGGGCUGUGAGGAUUGGUGGGGUGGAGGGGAGGAGUCCGGCGAAGGGAGGACCCGCGUUGCCGCUCACAUUUGACUUCCUCAUGGCCGAAAAGCGCGAAUGCACCUACAACGAUCGAUGA